CUCCCUUUUCGCAAUCCUCGACGCCCGAACGACGUCUUCCAUCUCAACCUCACCUCACCUCACCUCACCUCUAACUCAUCUCUACUCUUCUCUUCUCUCCAGUAGUAUCUAGUCUAGUAUCUGCACGUCUGCUUCUGCUUCUGUUUCUACUCACUCUGCGACACCCUUGCAACAUCUGUCCUUCUCCCCAUCUCCGCAUCUCCAAACUGCUACCUCUCACUCUCCCGCUGUAGCCGACCUAUAAACACCGCUGCCCCCGUGUGGGCUCCCAGCCCCUGGCCCCGCCCACUCAUCAUCGUUGUCAGGCUACUGUACUCCGUACACCAGGCCAGGCUGGCUAACUAACACUAACUAACUAUAACUAACUACUCAGGCUACUUUAGCUUGUUGUGGUUUAUUGCUCCCUCCUCCUCGUCUCAUCUAGUAGCCGGCUCCAGUACCAAGCAGCCAGCCUACCCUACCCUAGCUGGUUAUUGAUCACCCAAGAAACCCGUUCCCCGUCUAACCUCGCCUCGCCCCCAAAAAUAACAUCCCCAUCCCUCUUUCAUCAUCCCGUCUUCUGCUCUCGUUGCUUGCUCGCUUGCUUGCUUGCUUAGUUACUUGUUUGCUCACCUGCUCAACUUGCUUGCUUGCUCCUGGGUUGCUUUCUAGGGUUACUUUAGCACUUCGUCUGUUAAGCGCGUGCCUGCAAAAGGGGGGAAAAAAAAAUCAAAAAGUAAAUAACGCAAAGAGAGAAACAAGAGAUAGUUCCUUUUUUGCUUUCUUCUCUUCUCUUUUAUUUGCUCUUUUAUUCUUCUGCUUCUUCUUUUCUUCUUCCCUUUGAAACUGGUAGAAGGGGACCCUGCUGACCGGGCAAGGUUUGUGUUUGGCGGAGUGAAGAAAGAAAUACCAAAAAAAAAAUAAACCGAAGGAAUGGAAUUGUACAGCAGCCCCGAUCUCGCUCAUCGCUGCGCUUGAUUCGGUUCGAUCCCGUCCUCCCCCCAUCCAUCGACCACCCAACCACUCAUCCACCAGCCGUCCUCCGCUGUCCGCCUUCCGCUAUCCCUCCCUCUAUCGCUGCCUCACUCUCACCCCAUCGAGAUCCCUCCCAACAAUCUCUUCUCGUGACCCUAACUAAUCACGCCUUCUAUCCUCCGCAUUCGGGGUUCUUUCGGGUCAUUUUCGCUUGCCUCAGAGCUACCGUUGAUAACGACUCCACGCCAUUUCUUUCCCGUGAGGUCUGAUGGUUCUGAUGGUGGUGAUACUGAAGCUAUUCAAGCUAACUAGUGCGCCUGCAACGACUAAAUUGCCGCUCAGUUUAAUAUCUUCGUUCAAACUCUUCAUCUACCCGAUUUAAUCCCGUCGGUUUCCCUUUAUUUUUAUUUUAUUUUCCCCGGUUGUUUGCCUUCCACCUAUAUCCUCUCUAUUAUACUACCCCUUGCCGAUGGAUAGGAGGAUGGAUAUCAUUUCGCUUUUAUCGCCGCAGGACUCCCACUCGGGCAAGUCCACUCCUGCUCCUCAUCCUGCUGCUGCUGCUUCCUCCUCCUCCUCUGGCGCCACCCCCACAUCCGCCCCGACGCCUUCGCCUGUAUCAGCCGUUUCCGCCUCCGCUUCUCCUCACCAGAAUUAUCACAAAUCACGACAGAAUUCUGGCAGAUCGGGCAUGACCUCGUCUCCGCUUGUCCAUCAAGUCCUCAACAACCCGCAACUUCGCGAUCCGUCUCCCCAGGACCUCAGCCAAGGCAACGGUACUGGCACCCCGCCGCCGAGCGAACUGCAGCCCACCAGACAAACCUCUACUCCUGGGAUAGAUGCCCUGGCAGAUCUCGCCUCCAUGCAGCGUCCUCAGCCCCACCGCGCAAACCCCCCAAUGAGGAGGAAUACCAGCACGGAAAUACACGAGAGCCAGAUGUCCCCUUCAACCCUCAACCCUACCGUCAACCCCAUUCCGCGAAACCACACCACACCCCGACCCCAUUUUGAUGUGUCAGAAGGGUUGAAGGAGGCUAACAGAAGAGACUUUUCAAGCUCCUCGCUAACGCCGGACAUGCAGCAGAUGGCCUCAGAGCUAUAUGCCUAUAUCCAGCAGAACCACCAUGCCUACGACGCGCGCGUUAAGUUCAUCCGUCUACUCCACCAAGGGUUUGUCGAACAUGUCUAUCCGCCGUCGUCGCCAGGUUCCCGCGGCAAACCUCAGGAGUACGAUUUUCUCCAGGACCUGCGUGCUGCACGAGAAGAGCUCGAUGGCCUCUUCGCGAUUGGGGAGGAUCUAUGGGUUGAAUGGAUACAGGACGAAAGUGUGCUGGCACGUACGGUGGAGGAACAGAUAGGUGUAAUGGAACUGUGUCGACGGUCAGUAGAUGAAGAGUACGGCAGCACGAAACUAUGGAUAAUAUAUGGCGAGUGGAUGCUGCAUCUCUACAACUCUGUUUCCCAGCCAAAUGACGCCUCCGUCUCCCGCCAAUGGUCAGAGGAAGAUAGAAUGGUGGCUCGGGAGGCAUUUACGUGGCAGUCAGUCGUAGAGGUCUGGAUGAAUGCGGCGGAGGCUACAAACUGGAGAAUAAAUGAUAGUCACCUGGUCUGGGACCGCUAUCUGGAACUCGUCGUACAAGAUGUGGGCAAGCAGCCGUCUCCAGAGAAACUCGGCCACGUAAGGGAUUUGUUCGUCAAUAGGCUUCAGGUACCCCACAUGACCUGGGAUAACACCUUCCAACUAUUUUCCAACUUCAUCUCUACCUAUUAUAACAACUAUUACGAAGAGACCAUGGUGGAUAUGACGAAUAGAGCCGCCCGCGCCAAAGCCUUGUGGAAUGCUCGCGAGAUGCGAGAAGUGGAACUUCGGCGGGCCGCGGAGGCUGGAGACAGUACUACGGAAUUGAGCUUGUUCGUGUCGUACCUUGAGUGGGAACUGAGCCAGAACCGGCGAAAGGGCCAUUUUAGCUUCGAGCUCGUGUGCGCUCUCUAUCAACGUGCCGUGCUACGUUUCCCCAUCGAGGUUCGUUUAUGGGAAGACUAUAUAAUGUUCAUAGUAGAGGAAUCAAUGGACGGAAGCCCGCAUGGCCACUACCUCCCUGCUCUCCCUUCCCUGGAGCGCGCCACUCGGCACUGUCCAUGGUCCGGAACGCUCUGGUCGCAACACAUUCUCAGCGCGGAGCGUGUGGGACGCUCGUUUACUCAAAUCGCUGACAUCAAGCACAAGGCGACGCGGACUGGUCUGUUGGACGCCGGAGGCAUCAAGCAAGUGAUCAAGGUGCACACCACAUGGUGCAGCUACCUGCGUCGACGAGCUUUCCAACCUGACUCGACAGAUGAGGAUCUUGAUGUGGCCGAGGUAGGCAUCCGCUCUGCAAUCGAAAGCAUCCAGGAACUAGGCGAGAAAGACAAUACCACAGUUCCCAAUGACCCCCUCUUCCGCCUCGAGCGUAUCUACAUCCGGUAUCUAAGUGAAAGUGGAAGCUGGGAUAGUGCCCGAGAAACCUUCAAGGGCUUAAUCGCCCGCCACGGACACAGCUACGAGUUCUGGAUUAUGUAUUAUACAUGGGAACUGCUCUGCUGGAGCAAAUUCACCCAGUCAGAUGGCAGCGCAAGCGCCUCGCGGAGAACCCCGAACCCCAGCCUUGCUACUGCAGUAUUAAAACAAGCUCUCCAACGAGCGGACGCGGACUGGCUGGACAAGAUCAGGUUGACAUACAUUGACCACUGCGAACACUACGAGGAUGCGGACGAGCUCCAGAUAGCCGUUAUAGAGAUUCGAAAGGCGAUGAAAGCCCGAACGAGAAGACAGGAUAAGGAAGCUCUACAGGCGGCAGCUCAACAAUCGGCAGCAGCAGCGGCAACCACUACUGCUCCUCAAGCUGAAACGCCAGGAGUGUCGUCGGCAACCAGAGUAAGACCUGAAGCCGAGAAUGAGACGACACCCCAGGGAAGCAAGCGAAAACGCACAGUUGAGGAACUGGAUGUGAAUGGGUCUGCCAGCAAAAGGCCCAGAGCGGCGGAUCUCGGUGCUGAUGCCGGCACUCCCCCUCCAAAAAGGGAUCGCGAGAAUGCUACUGUCAUUGUGGAGAACUUACCGUCAGACGUUACCGAGUUGAGAGUCAGGCAGUUCUUUAGGGAUUGCGGUAAAAUCAAUUCUUUAAAGCUGCUGUCACGACAAGGAACUCAACCCAGUGCAACUGUCGAGUUCGACACGCGAGAGGAUGCAUUGGCCGCACAGACGCGAGAUCAACGGACAUUCGAAGAUCAAACGAUCUCCGUUCACAUCGGAACGAAUACAACGCUGUUCGUCACGAAUUUCCCGCCCACAGCUGAUGAAGCGUAUGUUCGCGAUCUUUUCACUCCGUACGGCGAAGUCGUUGAUAUCCGAUUCCCGUCGCUUAAAUACAACACGCACAGACGCUUUUGUUACGUCCAAUUCCAAACGGCCAGUGCUGCUCAUGCAGCGACAGAGUUGAACGGAACUCAACAGGAAGUCUCCGGGAACUCGAUGGUUUCGGCGGAGUCGACGAAGCUACCCCUCGUCGUGAAGAUAUCGGACCCUACGAAACGGCAGGAUAGGACAGGGCCGAUGGAGGAGGGUCGCGAAAUCCACGUCUCGAAUCUCGACUGGAAGGCGACGGAAGAUGACUUGGUGGAGUUAUUUACGGCGUAUGGAGAAGUUGAGGGGGCGCGAAUUCCGAGGAAGGCUAAUGGGGCGAGCAAGGGGUUUGGAUUUGUGGUUUUUAGGACGAAGAAAUCCGCCGAAGCUGCCCUCGCUAUGCACGAGCAGCUAUUCCGCUCUCGCCCACUCAACGUCCACAUUUCUACUCCCACCCCCGCGAAACGCCAAGCAACAGCGAUUAUAUCCCGCGUCGGCGGCCGCUCCGAGUCUCCUUCCAUGGAACCUAACGGCGCCUCGCCUUCCUACUCAACAGUACCACACGCCCCCGACCAACCCACGGGAAAUGCCAGCGACAAACACCUCCGCACCCUCGCCCUGAUGAACAUCCCAGACACCAUCAACGACACUCGCAUCCGCACCCUCGUCUCCCCUUACGGUGCACUCGUGAAACUGAUCCUCCGCCCAGACCACCAAGGCGCCAUCGUCGAGUUUGUCGACGUCAGCGACGCUGGCCGUGCAUCGCUAGGCUUAGACGGGUAUGAGAUCGCUCCCGGGCGACAAAUCCGCGUCGGUAGUGUGGGCGAGAUGUUGAAGAUGCCGGCGGAGAGGAAGGUGGAUAGAAUUCUUGUGGGCAAGGAGCGGGAGCGGGUGGAGAAGAAGGGGAAGAAAGGAGAGAGGGAUACGGUUGCAGUUCCUGCGUCCGGGCCGGCUGGGAAGAAAAAGAUGGUUAUGAUGAAGCAGCCCGCUGCGCCUAUUCGGCGACCGGGCCAGCCUGGAGGUGGAGUAGGAUCGGGGCGGAGGGGUGGGUUGGGUGUUAAAAGGGGUGGUGGUGCUGUUGGUACUGCUGCUACUGCUGCUGCGACAGGUCAACAGCCUGCGCCCGCGAAGAAAAGCAAUGAUGAUUUUCGGGCUCUGUUGGAGUCGUCCAAGUCACGGGAGCAUGGCCAGGAACAACAGCAAGGACAAUAACGAGAGUACAGCAUCCAUGAAACCGGGGAAGAAGGGUGUAAGUAGGGCAAAAAAAAAAAAAAAAAAAAAAAAAAAAAAAAAGGAAAUGCCCCCUCAAAAAUGAGAGAAUAGAUCACCAUACGUGAUUGUAUCUGCAACCUUUUUUAAACCCCUUGCCCGUCGCCUCUCUUCGUUUCCCCCCUCACACCGCCCUUUUAUUGCAUGAUCUAUAUUUUAUUUCCUUUUCCUUUUAAGUUUUAUAUUUGCCAUAUGUUUUUCUAUCUCCAUCUCCAUCUGCAUCUUCCACACCUCACUCAACUAACCCUCUAAUGCCCACCAUCAAAUGCCCCAAUGUCAAAUGCCAAAUGCCAAAUGCCAACGCCCAAACACCAAAACAAAAAAUGGCCUCCAUAAUUGUAUGUACGUGUAUGCAUGAUAUGUCUUUUAUUACAAAAAAAUUCUGUUCUCAACUUGUCUUUGUUGCUCCCUCUCUCUUAUUUUUAUUUUUAUUUUUAUUUUUAUUUUUAUUUUUUUCCAAAUCUAAUCUAAUUUAAUCAUUUUAUACACUUUGCACCAUCCAUGCGGAUCAUUUCUUGCAUUCUCUGCUCAUUUUGUACCUUGUUGAUGACAUUUUCUUUUCAUUGAAAAAGAUUUCUCCCUCCUCUUUAACUUCUAUCCUCGUUUCUCCUUGUCUCUACUUUUGCUUCUACCUCUACCUCUACCGCUAUCUCUUCCCUCUCACAUAAUCUCUACAUAUCAUUCCCGCAUCCAUGCCUUGCAUAUUUUUGUGGCCUUCUUGUCAUGUUACAUAAUUCUUUGCUGCUUGGAUUAUACCAUCUAUUCAUUCAUAUAUUUAUCCCCCGUCCCUGCCAUGUCAGUUCGCUUCAUUUUCAUUUGAUGAGGAAGAGAGAGUUGAGGGCGAUGAAAUGAAAAUGAAAAUGAAAAUGAACAUGGAAAUCAGAUGAAAAAGAGUAUAUAUAUAUAUAUAAUACAAUAAUAUUCUCUAAACAAGUAUUUCUAUUCUUGAGUUUCCAUGUUUAUGAUCAUUCCG